AUGGUAGAAGAACAUCAACAAAAUCAAAAUUUAUCAAUAGAACAACCACGUUGGAUUGGUGAUAGUACGAUCGUACAUCAAUUCGAAGAUAUUUAUGAUCUUGAUGAAUUAAUUAAUCGUGGACAAUUUGCUGAUGUAUACAAAUGUCGAUUAAAAAAUCGUCAAACAAUACGAGCAGUUAAAUGUAUUUCAAAACGCGGUAAUCGAAAAACACCAAUUAAAAAUGCUUCACAUGUUCUACAACUUGAUCAUCCAAAUUUGGUUGUCGUUCGUGAAAUUGUGGAAUCACCAUCACAUAUUUAUAUUGUUCAAGAUUAUGUUAAUGGACCGAAUCUUUUUCAAAAAAUUACUCAAAUAGAAGUCUAUCAAGAAUAUGAUUUAUCAAAAUAUUGUUUUCAAAUAUUAAAAGGACUUCAGUAUAUGCAUGAACGUAAAAUUUAUCAUGGAAAACUUCAUGGUGAAAAUAUAUUAAUUCGUGAUAUUAAUAAUGAACAAAAAAUAUGUCUUGUUGAUUAUGCUUAUGCAAAUUUAUGUACACAUGAUGCAAUUAGUCUUCUUGUUAAUUAUUCACCAAGUUUUUGUGCACCUGAAAUAUUACGUGGUGAAUCCAUUUCUGCAUCAACAGAUAUGUGGCAAUUGGGUAUAUUGAUUUUCUUUUGUCUUUCGGGUAAAUAUCCAUUUCAUGGUACACAAAAAGAAAUUUUUCAAAAAAUUCUUAAUGGUAAAAUUGAAUAUAGUUCAUUAGAAUGGGAUCAUGUAUCAAUAAAUGGAAGAAAUUUUGUGACUAAUCUUCUUAAAGUAAAUUCUCGUAAUCGUCUCACAAUUUAUCAAGCUUUUUCUCAACCAUGGAUUAAUGAAAAAGUUUAUCGUUCAGAAAAUUUAUCUCAAGCUCAAACAAAUAUUAUUGCUUAUCAAACAGAAAAAAAUAAUUUAAAUACAAACGAAAUAUAA